CCGGCGGCUAUUUUAUGAUCAAAAAGGGGCGGAGGCAGACCACAGUUGGGGAUUUAAAAAAGCUUGACGAGCCGUCAUGAGCGAAUUGAGCGGGAAAGUCCAGAGCGUCCUGGGUCCGCUGGACCCGGACCUCCUGGGCCGCACCAUGACCCACGAGCACCUGACCAUGACCUUCGAGUGCUGCUACGUUCCCCCGCCGCCGUGGAACCCCCAAACUACCGAGAACCCACUCCAGUUGAGCCACGCGCACUGGCUGAGGCAGAACCCGUACAGCUGCCAUGAGAACCUGCUUCUGUGCCAGGAGACUGAGGCCGUGCGCGACGAGCUGCUGGCCUACAGGAAGGCAGGCGGAGGCAGCAUGGUGGAGAACACCACCGUCGGCAUCGACCGCGACUUGCCCACCCUCGUCCGGCUGGCUAAGGAGACCGGGGUCAACAUCGUGGCAGGGGCCGGCUACUACGUGGACUGCACACAUUCGGACCAAACUAGGAAGAUGAGUGUGGAGAAGCUUACAGAUGUGAUCGUGGGCGAGGUCCUUUACGGCGCCGACGGCACGGAAAUCCGCUGCGGCGUGAUCGGCGAGAUCGGCACCGGCUGGCCCAUCACGGACAGCGAGAGAAAGGUCCUGCGGGCCACGGCGCACGCGCAAGCCCAGCUUGGCUGUCCCGUCAUUAUCCACCCCGGCCGCAACUCCGCCGCACCGGCAGAGGUCGUCCGCAUCCUUCAGGAGGCGGGCGGAGACAUUGGCAAGACGGUCAUGUCCCACCUGGACAGGACUAUCUUCAAUCAUUCCGAACUGCUGGACUUUGCCGAGAUGGGGAGUUACCUCGAAUAUGACCUUUUUGGAAUCGAGACGCUCAACUACGUCUUCAACAUGGACGUGGACAUGCCCAGCGACAGCCAGAGAAUUAAUACCUUGGCCUUCCUGGUGAAAGAAGGCUACGAGGACAAAUUGUUGAUGGCGCACGACAUCCACACAAAAGACCGUUUGUGCAAGUACGGCGGUCACGGCUACUCGCACAUCCUUCGCAACAUCGUGCCCAAGAUGCUUACGCGGGGCAUCUCGCAGACGCAAGUGGACAAGAUGCUCGUGGACAACCCCAAACGCUGGCUCACCUUCAAAUGAAGCACAACAAGAAAAAGGCCAGGCAGUUUUUCAUUUGUUUAAUGAAGCCAUAAUUUUUUUUCUUCCAUCUUGGGAUUACGAGCCAACUAUUAGAUGCAAUGUGGCCAUAAUGAAUUAAUUUUGGCCUUCAGUCAAUCACCGGGUGCAGUUUUUUCCCUCACGCUGAUUGUGAUUAAAUGUGUCAUGCUGCUCAUAAUGUAGAGUUAAGUAGCCCAUAGGGAUUUAUACGCUAGACACAUUCCGAUUUAAAUUGUCAUUUUAUUUUAUUUUUUUUCAAUUUAUGGAAUGGUUGGAAAAAAUACAAAAGGAAUGAAACAAGUUGAAAACCAAGGUGGACUAAUAGGAUCAUUGAUGCAUUAACUCCUUUGCCGCCAUCGUCGGCAAUAGGGGUGUGACAAUAUAUCGAAAAGUGAUACAUUGCGAUACUUUGUAGCCCAAAAUGUUAUCAAUAUGUUUCCACCAAGACUUGAUUAAUGGUUUUAAAGCAACACUUGGUAACUUUUCAGUUUUAGUCGAUUUUUUUCAACGGUGGUGGAGAAAAGCGUUGGUGUUUUGCCUUCAGUCUCUUGUGAAAGAAUAUUUUAUUCAUGCUUACAAAACACGUUUAUUAACUACUGUGAAACUAUAUGCUUGCAUGUGAGACUGUAUUCAUGUUCGUGCGUUCCAGAUAUGUGUGCUUCAUAUAUUCCUUUGAACUUCCACAAUGGCGUCUGUUGACUGCUUUAUCAAGAUAUGACUCCCUCUUGUACCAGGCAGAGCUAGUUUCCAAGGUCAUAACUCAGGAUGUUUUUCUGUGGAAAAUCCUCAGGUUGGGUUGUAGUAAGUUUCACUUCUGUUUCACAGUAAGCAUCCUUAGGUAACACCCUUUCAAUAGUACAAAGGAACUUGGCUCACUUUGUCUCACUGUACUCCUGCGUGGUAACAGCUCCUGAGUGGAUCACGCCAUUUAUACCCUAGAUAUACACUCACCGGCCACUUUAUUAGGUACACCAUGGUAUUAACGGGUUGGACCCCCUUUUGCCUUCAGAAUUGCCUCAAUUCUUCGUGGCAUAGAUUCAACAAGGUGCUGUAAGCAUUCUUCAGAGAGUUUGGUCCAUAUUGACAUGAUGGCAUCACACAGUUGGUGCAGAUUUGUCGGCUGCACAUCCAUGAUGUGAAUCUCCCGUUCCACCAUAUCCCACAGAUGCUCUAUUGAAUUGAGAUCUGGUGACUGUGGAGGCCAUUUGAGUACAGUAAACUCAUUGUCAUGUUCAAAAAACCAGUCUGAGAUGAUUCCAGCUUUAUGACAUGGCGCAUUAUCCUGCUGAAAGUAGCCAUCGGAAGUUGGGUAGAUUGUGGUCAUAAAGGGAUGGACAUGGUCAGCAACAAUACUCAGGUAGGCUAUGGCGAUCUAACGAUGCUCAAUUGGUACCAAGGGGCCCAAAGAGUGCCAAGAAAAUAUUCCCCACACCAUUACACCACCACCACCAGCCUGAACGGUUAAUACAAGGCAGGAUGGAUCCAUGCUUUCAUGUUGUUGACGUCAAAUUCUGACCCUACCAUCCGAAUGUCGCAGCAGAAAUCGGGACUCAUCAGACCAGGCAACGUUUUUUCAAUCUUCUAUUGUCCAAUUUCGAUGAGCUUGUGCAAAUUGUAGCCUCAGUUUCCUGUUCUUAGCUGAAAGGAGUGGCACCCGGCAUGUUCUUCUGCUGCUGUAGCCCAUCUGCCUCAAAGUUCGACGUACUGUGCGUUCAGAGAUGCUCUUCUGCCUAGCUUGGUUGUAACGGGUGGUUAUUUGAGUCACUGUUGCCUUUCUAUCAGCUCGAACCAGUCUGGCCAUUCCCUUGACCUCUGGCAUCAACAAGGCAUUUCCGCACACAGAACUCCCGCUCAUGGAUAUUUUUUCUUUUUCGGACCAUUCUCUGUAAACCCUAGAGAUGGUUGUGCGUGAAAAUCCCAGUAGAUCAGCAGUUUCUGAUAUAUUCAGAAGAGCCCUUCUGGCACCAUUAACCAUGCCACGUUCAAAGUCACUCAAAUCACCUUUCUUCCCCAUACUGAUGCUUGGUUUGGACUGCAAGAGAUUGUCAUAAACCAUGUUUACAUGCCUAAAUGAUAAUGCCAAUAAGUGAUUGGCUGAUUAGAAAUGAAGUGUUAACAAGCAGUUGGACCGGUGUACCUAAUAAAGUGGCCGGUGAGUGUAUGUCUUGUUUAUAAAGUCUUCGAAGCAGGCAAUCCUUGGCUGGGUCUGAUUAUCUUCUCUCAUUUGAGCUAUUGAUUGAUAUGUGUCUUGGGGUUCAAAAGUGAACUUCCCUGACAACUGUGUUUCUCUAAGGACAAGCGCACACCCGCAUAGUGUCGUAAAAUCAUGAUGGUCGCUUGCAGAUGGAUUAAACAGCAUUUCUGUUUCCAGCGGCUGUGUGAAGGAUGAAAACUAAUAAGGUAAUGGAUCCAGUUGUGGCUAAACAAUAGCAUAUGACGGUUAGCAACUGUGUGGUUUAGUGUGGCUCACCCCCCCACCCCAACCAAAAUCGUCAGCACUGACGCCAGCGAGUGAAAGCCAGGCCAGUGUUUAUUCUGUAUAUCAUGGAAGCCGCCCUUUUUCUGACAAAACUUUUUGUCUCUGUUGCUCUGCCAUCAUUGCAGAAUUCGCGUGAAAGCGUCAGCAUCGACUUCCAUCUUUAUAAUGAAUGGGGAAAGGGGGAAGUGACGUAUGCUGUAAAGCAAUUGGCACAUUUGUAAUUUUUUUUUGUGUGUGGCAGGGUUCCUGUCACCCUCCUCAAAGUUAAUUAGUGCCAGCGAAAGUGAUACAGACCCCCUGAAGAUAUAAAAGAGGAGUCAUUCAACUAGUUGUCAGUCGACAUACAGUAUCGUCACAAAUGUUAUGAAAAUAUUUUCUAAAGGUUGAAAAGUUACCUAGUGUUGCUUUUAAGAGGUCACUGUAAAAAAAUUAAAGUGAAGUGUCUACGUUAGCACACUGGCUGCCAUUGACGGCGCUUGAAAUCCAAUUCAUUUUGACUGGAAUGGACGUUAAACCCAUUCUAAUUCACAGCAGAAACAUAAAAAUUGCUUGGCAUUCUGUCUAUUAGUUGUUUUGUUUAAUAUCCUCGAAUGGUUUCCUGACCCAUGUAUUAGCAAUUGUUUCAUCACCGCAUCGUGAGAUUAUUGUUAUAGUGAGCUUUGUAUCACAAAUUGUAUCGUAUCCUGAAAUACCCAGUUUCCCACCCCUACUAAGCAACACCUUUCAACAUCUUGACAAAGAUACCUUUUUUUGACGCUUCCUCAAGUCGUCUUGCCGCACUAACAAAAUUUUGACAUAUACUUGUUGAAAGUACAUAAAUACCCAGAUAUUGAAACGAAACCACGAGAAGAAUCUAAAACCUCAAUAAAAGCAGCUGAAUUGACAAAGCAUGGUUUUUUUAUCCAUUAAAAACAAAAUGCAGCAAAAAUAAAUGCAAUUUUCAUCUAUUUCCUCUUCAUAAGAAAUAAUGACGGCAGUUCCAAUAUUGUGUGAAAAAAUUGCAUUCAGUCAUUUCAUUUUAUAUUUCUUUUAUUCUAUACAUACGUUAUUUGAGUGCAUGGUUUGAUACUAUAUACAAGUUGUUGCUUUGGAUUUAAGAAUAUGGUAGUAAUCACCCCACACAGUGUAAUACUAGUAUGUUGAGAUAUUGUAUGUUGAAGACCGAUAGACAUACAAUUGUUUCUCGUGUUCUCAUUCAUUGGUAAAUAAUGUCGCACAACCACGGCAAAUGAAUGCAUAUCCUUGUUUUGCUUCUCAUUGUCUUGAAUCCUUUGAGAUUCGUAACGACAUUUUUGACAUUUUUUUGGCUUGAGUAGUAGAAGUAUUCCGACUGUCAAAGGUGGCGCAGCAUAGAGCUGUGCCAACGCGGACGAAGACUGGAAACUGGCUGAUGAUAAACACGUAAGCAAAACAAUUUUGCAACGCGUAGUCUUUCAACCGCCUAACCAUUGAUAUCAAUUUUAGAA